GUGUGUGAUGGGGAGAUAGAUCUUGUGGCAAAAGUGGAGCGCUGUCGCCAGGCGAUACUGGAGGGUAUUCGGGUGGAAUUUGCGCACCCCCUUCUUCCUCCCAUGCCAGGAGCGGGUGGGCACAAAGUUGGCCCCCCACCCCCCUACCCCAUGGCACACCCCCCAGGCCGUGGCAGAGGCAGAGGAGGGCCAGUCAGGAAUAGCGUACAAGGUGGUGGCGUAGGUAGAAUGUUCUCCCGUGGAGGACAACUACAAGUCGCUGGUGUUGUUGUAGGAUCAUGGGGACCAAACUAUGGCUCCAGCGGUAAUGACUACAGGCCGAGGGGAACAAGAUACCCGCAUAAUGGUGGUGGAAAUAUGCAAGGGAGAAGUGAGUCCAGUAGAUUUUCUCGCACCACUCGAGGCAGACCAACUGUUUUGGCCAAACGCCGCACAAUAAAGAAGCGUGAGAUCCGCUCGAGCCGGGGACGAGGGAUGAGCAUGGAGGCGCCUGGCAAUAGGUGGGGGGUUCCGCAAACCAGCCGCAGUGCAAGAUUUGUGAAGUCGCACCGUGGGAAUGAAGGAGCUCCUGGCCACGCCCGGUGGUGGCUACAGCAGCCAGUCAUCUCCAGUGGGCCCGGACGGGGACGGCCUUUCGCCAAACCCACCCUACACGCCUCAAAGCCACACCUCGAGUGGCCUCAAGAGCCCGGACUCCGGUGUUAAUGUGUCCAUUCUGGAGUAAGGCACUGUGGGUGUUCGCUGACAGAGGUGGCAAAUCGGAAAUUCCAGGCGGUCUCUCCCCCAUAUCCCAGAGAGCAGCUAGUGCCCCCCCUCUGCUUUACAUCUAGCUUAAGAAUAAUUUCAAAUACUGAUACCUGAUAGGAUUAGUAGAGCACUAGCUACAAAUGUUCACUUCGUACCUUUCCUCAAGAGAACACUGCUAGCCAGAAGUACAAUGUGGAAAAGGGCCGUCUUCCCAAGAUUUAGAUCCCACACCAACCGCCAGCAUUUCCACCUCCGUCGCGAGCAACCAACUAAGGCUGGCUGAUGUAUGCAUCAGCCACUGCCUGUGCCGCCACCACUGCCAUUGCCACCACUACUGCUCCAACAACUACCACCAUCUCGGCUGCCCCCACAUCUGCUGAAGUGAAUAUUACACCAAUACCACCACCACCAUUUCUAAGGGGUCACUGCUUUCCUUGCAGUGACUCAAGCUGUGCUAUUGUUGAGGGAUUUACAGAAGAAAUUGCAUCUGCUCUGAUGUGCUAAAUUUGCUCUGGAAAAUAACAGAAAAAAAGUCAAUUGAAUUUGGGAUUUUUAAUAUCAUUGAAUGUAGUAAGACUAUAAUUGUCAGAAGUAAUAUUAAAUAUGAUCUAAUUAAGGUUAUGUGAUCUAAAGAUAUUGAAGAUGUCAGUUUCAAUCUAUUUAAAUUUCACUUGGCUAGUAAAAAAAUAUGUAUAUUUAUAUAGAUAUACAUUUGUAUAAAACUGUCACAUAAGGCAGUGCCAUCCCAUGCCUUCAUUUAGGGCAGCAGUGAUGGAGAAGCUCAUAAGAUGCUCUACACUGACACCAACUUCAGUUUGUGAUGACCUCAAUAAACAGUAGCAAGCUUAAAAAUUGCCAGUUUGAGAGACUUAGGAAUGACAAUUGUCAGAUCUGUCUGUGAUGUUAGAAAAGUUCUAUUGUGAUGAAGUUAGUGAUUGUAAUAUCCUAGAUAACACAUAGGAGAGGCGCAAGUUCUCCAGUAAGCAAAAGAUUCAGCCUUCAAUAGAAAGGUGUAUAUGUAUCUUUGGAUAAUAAUCACUAAUUUCAUCCCCAAUGUACUACCAGAAAGUACAAGGUGGGCAGCUGGAGAAGCUGGCAACCAAAAUAUGCCAUGAAGAGUUGCCAGGCAAUCCUCUCCACUGCUGUUAGACACGAAGUAUAUAUGAAGAUGAAUUUUUAUUUUUAUAUGACUGUUAUAUUGUUAAAAUGGUGAUGGAGACACUUUAUGAAUGAGACUUGUUGGUAUUUGGCAAGUUUGUGGUUGAAGUUUGGGGUGUGAGAUUGCCACAGACCGCCUGGUGUUGAACAAUUUAGCAAUCCUUAAAAUGAGAUUUAACUAAAAUAAAAUGGUUUAGACCCCUUUGAUAAGGUGGCACAUUUGGAUUUUUGCAGGAUGACACUUAUCCUAAAAAGAAAAGGAAGAUUAUAUUUGUAAAUGUGUGUAUAUAUAGCAUUGAUUGAUGAGGAGGCUUAACCCAGUGGGAGAAAAUUUCUAACAUUUUCUAAGGACAACUUGGCUAUUUCAAGGAAUGUUAACAGUACCCAUAUGAUGACUUCAAAAUGCAAACAAUAUUUUGCUAAUGCUCCACUGCUGUUUGGUAAAUUCAGGGAGCUAUGAACUGUAUGGUUCUAAAGGAUGGCGGGGAACUUAAGAAUGGUAUUAUGUUUAUCGUUGUAUUUGGGAUUUAGAUCAUAUAUUUACACGUCCGAUACAUGAUGUUGAAGGUUGUCAGUUAACAGUUCACUCUUUUGUCAGAAUUUGCAUUAAAGCUAAUCUUGUAAGCUCAUGUAGCCAAGGAUGCUACUGGGAAGGGUAUAGCUGAGUUUGUACCCUAUAAUGCAGAAAGAAACUCUUCUGCAUCAAAGUUUACUUUUGAUUUUCUUUAAAGUUUGUGUGCCAUGGUUUCUCAUUCGGAAAAUGAAAAGAAAAAAAAAUUGUAGCUUUUUGCGCACUUCAAGUCAAAUUGUUAAGAUUUCAAAUUUACAGCCUAUGCUAGAAGAUGCUGUCAUGCUCUUUCAGUUUUGUACUGUGUGGAUCAACUUGUAGGUGAACACAAUAUGAUCGGCUUUUAAUUGUAAAGAAUUUUGCCAUUAGUUGUGCAUAUUGCUGCCUUCCCCUAUGAUGGAUGUUAAUCUGAAAGGGAAAUGACUUACUCGAGAUAUUGAUGUAUUGAUAAUGAGAAGAUGUACUUCUGUAUCAAAAUGAGAGGAUUAGAUAAUGUAUCUAUGUGAAGAAUUAGGUCUUACAAGUUUUCUGGCUACUGUAUUGCCAAUUAUGAUGCCCAUGAUAAUUUUUUGAGUAACAACAUGGUGUUUAAUGAUUGAAUUUUAUUUAAAGGGGAAAAAUAUAUUGCCUUCAUUUAUGUAGAACUCUCUACUCCACUGUUACAAGUGGGAGCAAAACUCUUUUUGUUCAUUUAUCUUCUUGCAACAUGUCUGUGUUUCAGUGAGGGGCCCAUGUUUGUGUAAUAUUAACUUAGUGUCAUGUCUUGCUAAUGGAACUCUCACAGUCCUAUCAUGCACUUUACCAUUUGCUUCUUUACGAUACAACAACCCCACCAACAGUUAAUUGGAGUGAGGUAACAUUUUCUGGGUCAACAUUUAUAUAUAAAUUGUCACAGAGUUUUUACCCUCCAUAUCUGAAAGUCAGAGGGAGGCCAGACUACCCCCUGGAGGCUGUGCUUGGGAUGUCUCACACUUGAGAUCUCUCAGGCUCUGAAAGGGAGAGAGCUGGGUUCCUCCCUGGCUGCAGGCUCGACCUUCAGUCCUGGAGUGUCAGUACCGGGUUGCUUCAAUGUACGUUGUAUACAUGCAAUUGAAAAUUUAAUAGCUACUUGCAUCAUAGCAUUAGGAAAUAAUGAUAAUAGUAGGUCUAGUAAAGGCAAGUUUUUUGCCAAAUGUUUCAAAUAGAUUAUGUGUACAUUAUACUCAGUGUUUAACUGCUCAUCAGUUAUGAGCCUUAACAGAGAAGAAUUGAUCAUUUACUGUGUAUGCUAAGGGAGAUAAAUUUAUUAUUACAAAUAUGUGGAAAUGUUUUUCUGCUUAUAACUGAGUAAGUUAUGAGGCACGGAAUCACAAUUUCCCUCUUGUGUUUACUUGUAGUCACAGGCCUCCAUUUCUGAGUGCUGUGUAGGCCCAGAGUUCUCUCAUAUGUGCAGCUGAGAUGAGUGUUUACCUAGGUUGCACUCCAAUGGACACAAUUGUGGUCGCGUUGUGCAGACUGUUGGCGACACUCUCAGGGCAAGUGGUACUCAUGAGACCUACAUUUCACUGAGGAAUGUUGACCAUAAUACAUAAGUGCUUUUAAGUACAUUAGACUCCUGAUUUAUAAGUGCUCUAUGGAAUAUUAUGCCUCCCUCAUUAGGCAGUGCUAAAUAACUUUUUCUUGCAAUUAUUGAAUGGGCCCCUCCUCGAUGUUAUGCUUAAAACAUAAACAUUUAUAGGUGAAUUUUAGUGAGAGAAGGGCAGGAGAUGGCUAUGUAAGCAUUUAUUUCAAACAAGGUUAUUCAGACAUAAAAUUAAUUCUUGAAGGCUUUAGAGAUUAAUCAUUUGAAAAAUAAAGUUUGUUUAUGAACAGGGUAGAUCUUAAAAAGCAAACCCAGAAAGAAUUUGAAAUUGUGUAUAGUACUGUGUUAGCUUUCAGGUGCAUUUCAAAAGGUUUAAUGAAAAUGUGGAAACAACUGUGACCAUGCUUUGGAGUAUGCACAUAAAAACAGACCGGUUUGAAUUUACUAACAGUAUUGACGAAGAGGUAGUAUCAUGGACUUACUGUGCCGAGAAGGGAAACUUUGUGUUUCGUUUAAAGAUAAUAGGUAAUGUGGCAUGACCUUGCCUCCUGUUUGUCUCCCAUCAAAACUCAUCCUGAAACUGAUUGUUGUAUCAAUACUGAAAUGUUAAUUAACCCAAGCAAGUUUGAACAAAUAUGAUAAUUUGAGCAGCAAAAUUGUUUAAAAAACAAGUGACCAUACUAACCUCUAAAAGAAGAAAAACAUGCACAACAAACUUGUUGGGAAUAUUACGUUGUGUGAUUUCAUGUCAUAUGUAGCCUACAUCCUAAAAUCUGAAGUGUUUUUGUGGUGGUAUGUCCUUGCAAAUUUCACUAUUUAGGGGGAACAAAAAACGAGGAAAACAGGCUAAGGGAUUGAAAGGCUGUCUUAAGUGCAAAGAAUGUUUUAUAUCAGUUUGGCAGUGUUGACAAACCAACACAAAAACUUCAGGUAUUAAUCUAUAUCAUUACCCAAUUAGAUAUUUUGUGUGAUUAUUAGCCUGCAGCAUCAAUUUUCAAAAAUCCUAGUUCAGGAAAGAAUGGAGCAGUGUUUAUUCAUGAUUCUACAUGGCUGGAUGUCAAGAGAUUUGGAAGAUAAUGUGAUGUCGUAUGGCUUUUUUCUUCCUGCAAAAUAGCAUGAAAAAAAACAAUGGACUAAAGCAGUGUAUUUAGACUUAUAAGAUGAGUCUGGUUAGCUGGAGGGAGUCAGGUCUGAUGUUCAAAGUCAGUGUGAGACAGUUUGUUUCAAAGUUUAAAAAAAAAAAGAAGAAAAGAAACAUGUCCCCCCUUUUUUGCAAUGGAACCUGGGACUUGUGUGAAAGGGAAUUUACUCUUGUCACCAUGGGAAAGAUGUGCUGCAAUUAGAAAUCCAUAUAUAUUUUUUCUUGUAAAAAAACAAAAAUAAAAAACAUCUGAAGGGUUUUUAGGAGAUGUAUUGAUGUAUAUGUAGAGUAAGAAUCCUCGUUAUUUUGGGAAUUAAAAGAAGAAACGUUCAGAAGAAAAAGAGAGAAACCCACAUGCAAAUUUAUUUAGUUACACUUGACCAUAUUUUUAUUUUUUGAAAAAGUCAGUAUGGGUAAUUUAUUCAUGAUUUUGUGAAUAGCAUAUCUGUUAAAAAUCCUUCCAAAUGUGUAAUAACAGACGGAUAAAAAGAAGAUAAUAUAAUUUAAAAAAGCCUCACCAGCAUUCACGGCAGCUAGAAGGGAAAGAGACAUUUGUUAGGAUGUCACCAGGACUAGUAGAAGUGAAGAUGACGAAAUGAUAUGUCUGGUUUGGAAAGUAAAGGUUGGAUGGAAA